AGGAAAACAAACUCGCUUGUUUGUUCAGAACUUUUCGCCUCGGCGUUAUUAUCUAGAAACAGUGUGGACGAAGAAGAAGAAGACGAGGUAGUAGAAGAACUGAAAAAGAAGUAGAGACAUUCGGGAUUUAGGGUUUUGUUUACUGUUUCUUCUUCUCCACUUGCUAUGGCUUCCGUGCUGCUACUUCUUCUGGUGUUCGUCUUUGAUCUCAUAGCUUUUGGUCUUGCUGUUGCUGCAGAGCAGCGAAGAACCACCUGGCAAGUUUUUAAUGAAUCAAGAGAUUCAACCUACUGUGUGUAUGAGAAAGAUAUCGCAACGGGUCUCGGAAUCGGUUCUUUCUUGAUCUUGUUAGCGAGCCAGCUCUUCAUUAUGGUGGCGAGCCGAUGUUUAUGCUGUGGAAGAGCCUUGACACCAAGUGGGUCUAGAUCCUGUGCCAUUUUUCUCUUCAUCACCACCUGGGUCUUCUUCUUCAUAGCAGAAGUGUGCUUACUUGCGGGAUCAGUGCGAAACGCUUACCAUACAAAGUACCGUGUCUACUUUGGAAACUCCGCUCCUUCUUGUCGGUCAUUGAGGAAAGGCGUGUUUGGGGCUGGAGCUGCAUUCAUAGUGCUCACAGGGAUUGUCUCCGAGCUUUACUACGUGAGCCUUACAAGGGCUAAAGAUUUUCAGGCUCCUAGAGAUCCUGGUAUUAGAAUGAGUAGCUUGUAGAAGUUACAGACACCCUCAUAGUUAAUUUAGAAUUAGAAACCUUUUUGGCCAUUAUUGUUGUGAUCAUAUUGUAUGAGUUAGUGUGGUUCUUGUUUGUAUAUGAGAAACAGAUUCAAGUACUAAGCUGUUGUA